CUCCUUCCUUAUUUGUCUUAUUUAUUCUUUUUUUUUUUUUCAAACUCCUGUGCGUUCGGUCCGGGGAGUUUCGCUCCCCCUGCCCAGCUCCGCGGCGCGGAGGAUGGUGUGGAAAUGGCUCGGCGCGUUGGUGGUGUUCCCUCUGCAGAUAAUCUAUCUGGUGGCGAAAGCAGCCGUGGGACUGGUGCUGCCCGCCAAGCUGCGGGACCUGUCCAGGGAGAACGUCCUCAUCACCGGCGGCGGCAGAGGCAUCGGGCGCCAGCUCGCCCGGGAGUUCGCAGAACGCGGCGCCAGGAAGAUUGUUCUCUGGGGCCGGACUGAGAAAUGCCUGCGGGAGACGACGGAGGAGAUUCGGCAGAUGGGCACUGAGUGUCACUACUUCAUUUGUGAUGUGGGCAACCGCGAGGAGGUGUACCAGACGGCCAAGGCUGUCCGGGAGAAGGUGGGCGACAUCACCAUCCUGGUGAACAACGCGGCCGUGGUCCACGGGAAGAGCCUGAUGGACAGUGACGAUGACGCGCUGCUCAAGUCCCAGCACAUCAACACCCUGGGCCAGUUCUGGACCACCAAGGCCUUCCUGCCACGCAUGCUCGAGCUGCAGAACGGCCACAUCGUGUGUCUGAACUCGGUGCUGGCGCUGUCGGCCAUCCCCGGGGCCAUCGACUACUGCACGUCCAAGGCCUCGGCCUUCGCCUUCAUGGAGAGCCUGACGCUGGGGCUGCUGGACUGUCCGGGCGUCAGUGCCACCACCGUGCUGCCCUUCCACACCAGCACCGAGAUGUUCCAGGGCAUGCGUGUCAGGUUCCCCAGGCUCUUCCCCCCACUGAAGCCCGAGACCGUGGCCCGGAGGACAGUGGAAGCCGUUCAGCUCAACCAGGCCCUCCUCCUGCUCCCAUGGACGAUGCACGCCCUCAUUAUCCUGAAGAGCAUCCUCCCUCAGGCGGCCCUCGAAGAGAUCCACAAGUUCUCAGGAACCUACACCUGCAUGAACACUUUCAAAGGGCGGACAUGAAGGCAGGACACAUGAGCACUGUGCGAAGCCACGGAGCCGGAGGGGCCACGGCGCCCAGGCGCACACACCAUGCUCCCGCCCUGGGCGCACUGCUGCUGAGGGAGCCUGGCUGCCUCGGCCUCAGGGAACACCGGCUGCCCCUCAGCCAGCCCCAGGACCUUUGCACAGGACUGGAGGGCCCAACUCUGACCCCCAUGGGGAGGCAAGAAGCCAGCCAGAUGCCGCCUCGACACUUCUGUCCAUUUCUCGUUCCGUAGAGUUUACGGUUCAAUCGCUUCUCGGGCCUAAGCCUCUGCAGAGCGCAGAGACCGUUUCCAGGAGGCUCCGUCCGGAAGUGCCUCCUUCCCCUCCAGAAUCCACGCGUCCUCGGCUUGUGCAAACUGGGUGAACGGCAGGAAUGGAAAAAUAAAAGAGUCAUGGCUUUUGA